AUGUUCAGGCAAUACAGCUUCACUCUUCUCACUGCCUAUGUAUUGAGACUCGAGAGAAAAAUGUCACACCAGCGUAGGGGCUCAAUCGUGGACGGCGUCAAAGAACCACACGCAGUAUCCCUCAAAGUCCUGCGACUGUCCCGACCGUCCCUCUCAGUCCAACAUCCCCUCCCAACACCUUUGCCCUCCUCAAAUUCCUCGCAUCUCAGCUCUCCCGCGCCCUCUGCGUCCCUAGCCUACCCCUCCUCCAAACCGGACCCAUUCAUCCUCUCGCCCCUCCUCACCCUCCCACCUGCCUUCGGCUCCGCAUACGUAGGCGAGACGUUUUCCUGCACACUGUGCGCCAACAAUGAGAUCCUCGCUGGCUCCAGCAGCGCAGGAAAGGUUAUCACCAACGUGCGGAUCGAGGCUGAGAUGAAGAUCCCGAGCUCGAGCGUGCCCAUACCACUGGUCCUAGGCCCAGAAGCAAGCUCGAAGCUCGAAACCGACGAAGUGGAAGAAGGAGAGAGAGACCCAGAGAAAGUUCUAGAGAAGGAUCACCAGGGAUCAGAUCUCGAGCCGGGGAAGAGCCUCCAGAAAAUCGUCGGCUUCGAUUUGAAGGAGGAGGGCAGUCACGUCCUGGCUGUCACGGUCACGUACUCUGAGACGACGCCGACGAGCGGGCGGAUACGCACGUUUAGGAAGCUCUACCAGUUCGUGUGUAAAUCCUGCAUGGUAGUGCGCACCAAGACGGGCGUGUUGCCCUCAGGCGAGAAGGAGGGCAGAAAAUGGGCGUUGGAGGCUCAGCUUGAGAAUUGUGGGGAGGAGACCAUCACGCUAGAUGUGGUGAUCCUGGAGACGAAAGAGGGCUUCAAGGGUCAGGGUUUGAAUUGGGAGGUUGGGGAGGAAAUGGAGCGCCCGGUGUUGAUGCCGGGGGAUGUGCAACAGGUGUGCUUUCUUGUGGAGGAGGUGUUGGGUGUGGGAGGGGAGGUAGUUGAACCUGUAGAUGGGAAGUUGAUCUUUGGGAUCUUGAGUCUGGGGUGGAGGGGCACAAUGGGAAAUCGGGGCUUUUUGAGCACGGGGGCUUUAGGAGCGAGGCUUAAGUGA